AUGACUGGACAGUCUCCUAACAGGGUUCAUCGUCGGCCGGCCAGUGCUUUGAGCUCCAGCCAAUCACAGACUCCGGCUGGCUCUGAGGGCGGAGUCUCUGCAGCUCACCUGUAUGAGGCCGUGCGGAGCGGACGCAGCGCACUGACAACGGUGAUUGAUGAUUGGCUGGAGGAGUACCAAAGAGACCGAGAGGCGGGGCUUCUGGAGCUCAUCAACUUUGUGGUUCAGUGCAGCGGCUGUAAAGGUGUGGUCAGCAGAGAGAUGCUCAGCAGCCUGCAGAACGCAGACAUCAUCAGUCACCUGACCAAAGAGUUCAACGAGGACUCUGUCAGUUACCCGCUGGUGUCGAGCGGCCCUCAGUGGCGUCGCUUUAGUGAAGGAGUGUGUGAGUUUGUGUGUGUGCUGGUGCGCGGCUGUCGAAACACACUCCUGUUCGAUGACUUCCUGUUCUCCUCCUUCAUCGCUCUGCUGACGGGGCUGGCGGACUCACAGGUGCGCGCGUUCAGACACACCAGCAGCUUCAUCGCCAUGCGCUUGAUGUCCUCCCUAGUGUCAGUAGCUGCUGAUGUGAAUAUUCAAGCGCAGAUGAUCCAGAGACGCAGCGACCUGGAGAACAACAAACCGGCUGAGGAGAGGGCCAUCGACCGGCUGGAGGAGCUGGAGCACUCCUACAGAGAGUUGCUGGAGCAGCAGGAGGACCUGCGCUCUCUGAUGAACGGGAUCUUUAAGGGUGUUUUCGUUCAUCGCUAUCGUGACGUCAUUCCUGAGAUCCGCACCGUGUGUAUGGAGGAGAUGGGGGUGUGGCUUAGGGAAAACCCCGCCCACUUCCUCAAUGACGAGCACCUCAAAUAUGUGGGCUGGAUGCUGCAUGACAAGCAAGCUGCUGUGCGACUGCAGUGUGUGUUGACGUUACAGAAGCUCUUCGAGGAGAAAGAUUUCCUCAGCCGAUUAGAAUUCUUCACCAGCCGCUUUAAGGAGCGGAUUCUGUGUAUGAUCCUGGAUAAAGACAGUGACGUGGCGUUGGAGACGGUGAAGCUGCUGCUGCUCAUCCAGACGCAGACAGAUGAUGGUCUCAGUGCGAGUGAGCGUGCCGCUGUGUAUCCGCUGGUGUUCGCCACACACAGAGGUCUGGCCUGCGCAGCCGGACGCUUCCUCUACCACACGCUGUGUUGUGCAGCAGAUCAGAGCUCAGACAGCCGCAGUGUUUCCAUCCUCCGGCUGCUGGCGCUCUUCUUCAUUCAGAGUGAGUAUCAUGAUCAUGCUGCCUAUCUAGUGGACAGUCUGUGGGAUGUGGCAGGGGCGGAGCUGAAAGACUGGGAGCUGAUGACAUCACUGUUACUGCAGAACAGCGGCCUGCAGGAGCAGCUGGAGAGCGCCCUUAUUGACAUCAUGAUGUGUGCGGUCCGACAGGCUGCUGAGGCCACGCCCCCCACUGCCCGCGCACACAGGAAGAGUGUGACGGCGAGGCAGAAGCGUGUGCAGGCUCAGGAUCAGAGGCGUAUCUCCAGCGUCUUCAUGCCGGUUCUGCCGCAGCUGCUGGCGAAGUUUUCGGCAGACGUGGGAAAGGUGAGUCGUCUGCUCAGAGCGCCGCUGUACUUCCAGCUGGAGGUGUACGGCACUUCAGGACGCCUGGAGAAGUGCCUGGAUCAGCUGUUGUCGCAGGUGUGUGACAUCACACUGAAGCACCAUGAGGAGUGUGUGUUGGAGGCGUGUGUGCGCGUGUUGUGUGUGUUGUGUGGUGAGGGUUACACCUUCUGUGGUCGAGCAGAGACGGCUGUGGGUCAGCUGCUGGACACCACUGUGGAGAAGUUCACUGCCAACCUGGAGGAGAUCCUACAGGGUUUGGCUGAUGAAGAUGAUCUAUAUAGAGCUGCUUCCUCUCUGAACAUCCUGGCCAUCUUCAGCAGUGCCAGAGAUCUGACAGAGAGGAACCUGUUUGAGUUCUGCUUUCAGCUGCUGAAGAUGGGGGUGGAGACUGGAGAGAUCAGCGAGAAGCUGAUGGUUCCUGCUCUGAGCUGUUGCGCAUACCAGCUGCUGUGGAGCGCGCACAGGAACACACAGCGCCGCACGGACAAGGCUGAAGCGCGGCGUGUGUUGAAGUCUCUUCACUCCUUCUGUGUGCUGUGUCAGAGCUGUCUGUCCAGCGCCCUCAGCCCCAUCAGGAGCAGGGCAUUUGUGUGUGUGUGUGACCUGCUGCUGGUGUUCUGCAGACCCCCUGAGGGUAGCGUCUCUCCGCUGCAGCGCUUCAGUCCUGACGAGUCUCUCCGAGCAGAAAUGGCCUCGUUUGUGCUAGACUAUGUGUUCGGUGAUGAAGAUCUGACGGGUGAGGAUGAAGAUGAGGAGAUGAAGAUGACUGCACUGCUGCAGAAGAGGAAUCAUUUAUCAGGAUACUGUAAACUCAUCAUAUACGGAGUCCUGGAGCUGCAGGCCGCAACCGACAUACUCAGAUACUACCACAGGUUCUACAAGGAUUUCGGUGACAUUAUCAAAGAAACUCUCAACAAAUCUAAGAUGAUCAACUCAGAGGACAGUGCCAGAACCGUCUGCUUGUGUCUGCAGCAGCUGUACGCCGGGCUGGAUCUGCAGUGUUGUGAUGGAGAGCUGAUGGAGAUCCGUUUGCUGGCGAAGAAAUUGGCCAUGAACUUCAGCAUUAACCUUCGUCUCGUGCGCAAGCCACUGCUGUCCCUACACCAGGAUGGCAUUCGAUUUGCUAGUCAAGGGCUUGAGAAGGGUGAAGUGAUGAACCUGCAGUUCCUGGAGAUUCUGAGUGAGUUCAGUUUCAAACUCCUGCAGCCCGAACGCAAGCAGCUGCUGGUGAUUCUGCGGCGUGUGUGUUCCUCUGUGCUGAACAACGGCUGUGUGAGGAUGUACGAGCGAUCUCUGACUUCAGGAUCCAAAGAAACGGCAGAGACAUCUGAGGCCCCCGUCAACAAACGCAGACGCACACACAGUUUGGAGACGGCAGCUGUGAUUUCACACACACACCGCCACGACACCGACGACGAGUUCACAGACAGGCCCGUCCACAUAAAGAGUGUCAGUCGCCCGCAGUCCAGCCCGCUCUCACAGAGCCUUCAGUCUCAUCUCAGCACACUCUCUCUGGGCCGUGGCGAUGGCUCAGAUGAGGAUGAUGAUGAUCCAGAUAUUGCAGACUACAGUGAUGAAGACUCCGAGACCGGCAUCACUUUGCCGUCCACUCACGGCUCCACGAGUUUCCUGGAGGAUCUGUUUGUGUGACGCCGCUGGAGCUUCAGUGUGUAUUCAUGGCAGCGUUUGUGCAGUGUUCAGAUGUGUGUGUUUUUUUGUGUGUGUGUUUGUGUUCAGAUGUGUGUUUGUGUGCAGUGUUCAGAUGUGUGUGUUCAGGGCAGGUUCGCUGAGUGUCCUGAUUUAAACAAAUAAAGCACAGU